AUGGGAUCACAAGAAUUUACUGAACUUGAAAAUAUACCUAAUUCUUUGAUUGGUGUUCAUGAAGCUGCACUUGCUCAAUCAGCAUCAACUAUUGCUGGUAUUCAUUGUAAUUGUCAUACCAAAUUUGAUCAAAAUCAGUAUAGAUGUAAGAAAGCUGGUAUUGUUUGUGGAUCAAAUUGUCAUCCUAGUAGUAAUUGCUGUGUAAAUCGUGAUGAAUAUGAAAAGAGGAAAGAUGUCAGAUGUAAAUGUUGGAAAGGAGAAGAACGAGAGGAACCAGAUGAGAUUGAUAAAAGAGAUUGGAGGAAUGGUAGGUUUGUGGAUUUGGAGGGCAAUGAUAUUAAUAUAGAGUCACAAGAGGCAGAUAGUAAGAUCAGAGAUGAAUUAGCAAAUCACUUGCAAGGGAAAGAGAGGAUUGAAUCAGUGCUAGUUGAUGUCUUCUUAUCAGUAUUGGGAAGCAUAGAGAAAAAGAUGAAUAGAAAUUUUGUUGCUUUGUACAAGGAAAUACAAGAAGAAGAAUUGUUGGAUAAGUCAUGGCCCAAGGUCAGAUUGUCAAAGCCACAUGAUCAACACGAGUAUGACUUUUUGUCAAAGAAUGGUAGGAUUUGGACAAGGUCAUUAAAAUGUUGCCAGUAUCUUUUAAGAGGGAAAUUUCAAGUGUUAGAGAUGAGAUUAAGACUAGAGCAGUUAACUUGA